CAACUCCAAACUGGACACCAAAUAAAAUGUGCGCUCCUCUUAUCUCCAGGAACUGCACACUGCGGACUUUAAACCUCAGACUUUGAGAGGUGAAGAUAAGCCAAACGGCAUUAGAGCAGCUGGGGAACAUGUUCUCACCAAAGUCGCCCAAAAACCUCUCCAAGUAUGCCUUCAACUCAGGGGAACAGAUCUGUAUGGUUGAAUGUAAACCGGACUGCACCUGUAGCCUCCACUCGACCAGCAGCAGGAGACCCUGUGCAACCCACAUCAAGGAGAAUGGCCCCGACAUCGAGAAAGGCCUUGACAACUUGGCCUACGAGUACGGGAGUCAGAGUGAGAUCUACCCUCCACCCAAAACUGCCUCCAGAGCCACUUUGAAGCUCCUAGGCCUCACCACCGAGCACCAGGCCCACGCCAUCGAGAGCCGAAUCUGCAGCCUGAAUGGAGUUCUUGCUGCGAGCUUGUCUGUACCCAGCAGCUUAGUCAAAGUGGACUAUGAUACCUCAGUUAUCACGACCAAAGAGAUCGCCCUGGAGCUGCAGAGCGUGGGAUUCAACGUGGAGUCGGCGGUGCGGAUCAGGGUGGACGGUAUGCACUGCCAGUCCUGUGUGCAGUCUAUUGAGGGACGCAUUGGUGCUCUAUCUGGGGUUUCAUAUAUUCAGGUGUCCCUUCAAGACGCUGCAGCGCUGAUUGUGUAUCAACCUCUUCUGGUUACACGGCAGGAGCUGAGGGACGACAUCGAGGAUAUGGGUUUCGCUGCAACUUUAUCAGCCGAGGUUCCAUCUGGAUGUAUAAGCUACUGGCAGAGGGACAGUUCGACUGUAACGAUUUGGAUCGUAGGGAUGACGUGUAACUCCUGCGUGCAGUCCAUAGAAGGGAGGAUGUCUCAGAUGACGGGAGUGCAGUCCAUAGCGGUGUCGCUGAAGGAGGAAAAGGGAACGAUAACCUUUGACCCCAGUCUGACGGAGCCGGAGCAGCUCAGGGAAGCUAUCGAAGACAUGGGCUUCGACGCAUCACUUGAAGAACCAAAGAGCAUCCAGGGUCGUGAACAGUCCCGGCCUGCUAGCUCUGGACUCUCUGGACUUUCUGACCUCUCUGACUUACCGUCCAAUAAGGCGGGAGUCAGCAAUGGCACUGGAUCACAGGCGACCUCUGGGAGCCAGAUUAAAGUACAGAAAUGCUUCAUUUGCGUAACGGGGAUGACCUGCGCCUCCUGUGUGGCCAACAUUGAGAGGAACCUGCGCAAACACAAGGGAAUCGUCAUGGUGUUGGUCUCGCUCAUGGCGGGGAAGGCAGAGGUGAAAUAUGACUCAGAGGUCAUGGACGCUGCUGCUGUAACUCAGCUCAUAGAAGAUUUAGGCUUUGGUGCCAAGCUGAUAGAGGACAAUGCAGUAACACACGGGAAACUGGACCUCAUUAUAACAGGCAUGACAUGUGCGUCAUGUGUGCACAAAAUUGAGUCCAAGCUCACCUCAACCAAAGGGAUCCUCAAGGCCUCCGUCGCCCUUGCAACCCAAAAAGCCCAGAUCCAGUUUGACCCGGAAGUGCUCGGAGCUCGAGAUAUAAUCAAGAUCAUUCAGAGUCUUGGUUUUGAGGCGAGUCUGGCGAAGGCGGGCUUCAGAAACAACCUCGAUCACACAGAAGAAAUCCGACAGUGGAAGAGCUCCUUUCUGCUCAGCCUGGUGUUCGGCGUGCCCGUCAUGGGCCUCAUGAUCUACAUGAUGGUGAUGGACAGUCAGCACCAGGACCACGGAGGCUCCAUGCCCCAGGAGCAGAACCUGCUGCCGGGCCUUUCCCUCCUCAACCUGGCCUUCUUCCUGCUCUGUACACCUGUGCAGAUCUUUGGAGGCCGAUACUUCUACGUCCAGGCGUACCGCUCGCUGAAACACCGCACGGCCAACAUGGACGUGCUGAUCGUGUUGGCCACCUCUAUAGCUUACAUCUACUCCUGCGUGGUCCUCGUCGUAGCCAUGGCGGAGCGAGCCAGCCAGAGCCCCGUCACCUUCUUCGACACUCCGCCCAUGCUGUUUGUGUUCAUCGCGCUGGGGCGAUGGCUGGAGCACGUCGCAAAAAGUAAAACCUCCGAGGCGUUGGCCAAAUUAAUGUCACUGCAAGCCACUGAUGCCACCGUGGUCGUUUUGGGACGCGACCACUCCAUCAUCAGUGAGGAGCAGGUGGUGGUGGAGCUGGUCCAGCGGGGCGACAUUGUGAAAGUCGCCCCGGGAGGAAAGUUCCCCGUUGAUGGGAGAGUGAUUGAAGGAAGCUCCAUGGCGGACGAGUCCUUGAUCACAGGCGAGCCGAUGCCCGUCAGUAAGAAGGUGGGCAGUUUGGUGAUCGCCGGCUCCAUCAAUGCUCACGGCGCUCUGCUGGUGGAGGCCACUCACGUCGGUGCCGACACAACGCUGUGUCAGAUCGUUAAACUGGUGGAGGAGGCCCAGACCUCGAAGGCCCCCAUCCAGCAGUUUGCAGACAGACUCAGCGGCUACUUUGUUCCCUUCAUAGUCAUCGUCUCUGUGCUGACGCUGGUCGCCUGGCUCGCAAUCGGGUUUGUCAACUUUGACAUCGUGAGGGAGAACUUCCCGGGUUACAACCAGAACAUCUCCAAGGCCGAAGUCAUCGUCCGAUUUGCCUUCCAGGCGUCCAUCACGGUCCUGUCCAUCGCCUGCCCCUGCUCUCUGGGGCUGGCGACCCCGACAGCUGUGAUGGUGGGCACCGGGGUCGGAGCUCAGAACGGGAUCCUCAUUAAAGGAGGCGAGCCGCUGGAGAUGGCUCACAAGAUCAGCGUGGUGAUGUUUGACAAGACUGGCACGAUUACAAACGGCGUCCCGCGGGUGACUCGUGUGCUGGUGCUUUGGGAAAUGGCCCGCAUGCCUCUGAGGAAGAUCCUGGCGGUGGUCGGCACGGCGGAAGCCAGCAGCGAGCACCCGCUGGGCAUGGCCGUCGCCAAACACUGCAAAGAGGAGCUGGGCUGCGACCUGCUGGGCUACUGCCAGGACUUCCAGGCGGUGCCCGGUUGUGGGAUCAGCUGCCGGGUUUCCAAUGUGGAACAUCUGCUGCAGCAGCAGAACGAGGAGAGCUUCCUGCUGCCGGGAGCCACCACCGACGAAAGCAGCCUACUGUCUGCUGCCGAGGACGCCGCUGCAGGCGAGCCUUCGUCCUACUCGGUCCUGAUUGGGAACAGAGAGUGGAUGAGGAGGAACGGCCACCACAUCGGAGCAGACGUUGAUGCCGCCAUGUGCAGCCACGAGACGAAGGGGCAGACCGCCAUCCUGGUCUCUAUCGAUGGUGUGCUGUGUGCCAUGUUGGCCAUCGCAGACACGGUGAAGGCAGAGUCGGCGUUAGCCGUGCACACACUCAAGAGCAUGGGCAUCGAGGUGGUGAUGAUAACAGGAGAUAACAGGCGCACAGCUAAAGCCAUCGCUGCACAGGUGGGGAUCAGGAAGGUGUUUGCAGAGGUGCUGCCUUCUCAUAAAGUGGCCAAAGUGCAGGAGCUGCAGGAGCAAGGCCGGCGAGUAGCCAUGGUGGGGGAUGGCGUCAACGACUCGCCCGCUCUAGCUCGGGCCGACGUCGGCAUCGCCAUCGGCACAGGCACCGACGUGGCCAUCGAGGCGGCCGACAUCGUCCUCAUCCGAAACGACCUGCUGGACGUGGUGGCCAGCGUGGAGCUGUCCAAGAAGACGGUGCGGAGGAUAAGGACCAACUUUGUCUUCGCCCUCAUCUACAACCUCGUAGGAAUACCCAUCGCUGCAGGUGUGUUCAUGCCGGUCGGCCUGGUGCUCCAACCCUGGAUGGGCUCUGCUGCGAUGGCUGCCUCGUCUGUAUCAGUGGUUCUGUCCUCAUUACUGCUGAGAAUGUACAAGAAGACCUCGAUGGAGCUGUACGAGGUGCGAGCGAUGGGCCAAAUGAGGAGCCUCCGGUCGUCUCAGAUCAGCACACAUCUGGGUCUGGACGGCCAGUGGCGCAGCCCAGCUCUCCCCGCCGCAGCAGCAGCUCGGGAGCAGCUCAGCCAGACCGGCGCCGUCCCACCCUGCCAGGCAGCAUCCAUUAACUCUGUCCAGGAGCAGGACCGCUACUCCCGGCUGGACUACCAGACUGAAGACGACCGUACUGUGUUGUAAAGGGAAAAAGGGAAGAAGGUUUCUCAUGUUUACGAACUAUUUCUAUGUAUUUAUAUAAAUAGAUUGUGCACAGAAACUCUAAAAGUGCACUUAUUCUGGCACAUUCACACUAAGUCGACACCAAUCUAUAACUUUAUGAGUAAAAUGUCUAAAAAUCAAGCUGCUAACACUCAAAGUGAAGGUAUUACUGAAGCUUUGUGUCAUUUUUCUUUUUUCUAUUUCCACGUCAGCUGACAGGAGCCACAUAAAUCGAACUCGCGAUAUGAAAUAGGUUUGCUUGUGUGCAACUGCUGCACAAAAUGCACUUUUACAAUAUACAUAACUCAGAAUAAAGCCCCAGUGUUUGGAUAA